CCAAUUCCACCACCUCUCGUUAAACCGAAGAGAUAAACACCAAAACCAGUUCAGCAACAUCAUUCACAUUAAACGUCGUCGUUUUCAACUAAGUGAAUUCAGAGAAUCUAGGGUUUUGUAGAAGAUGACUACAAUGGAGAGUUUGAUUGGGUUGGUGAAUAGAAUUCAGAGAGCUUGUACUGUACUUGGUGACUAUGGUGGAGGUGAUGAUGGGAACACUUUCUCUUCUCUUUGGGAAGCUCUUCCUUCUGUUGCUGUUGUUGGUGGUCAGAGUUCAGGGAAGUCUUCAGUUUUGGAAAGCAUUGUUGGCCGUGACUUUCUGCCUAGAGGAUCAGGGAUAGUGACGAGGCGUCCAUUGGUAUUGCAGUUGCAUAAGAUGGAAAGUGAGACACAAGAGUAUGCUGAGUUUCUUCACCUGCCAAGGAGAAAGUUCACUGAUUUUGCCUUGGUACGCCAGGAAAUUCAGGAUGAAACUGAUCGAGUAACAGGGAAGACAAAACAGAUAUCUCCUAUCCCUAUUCAUCUUAGCAUCUAUUCUCCGAAUGUUGUCAAUCUAACCUUGAUUGACUUGCCCGGCCUGACUAAAGUGGCUGUAGAGGGACAGCCCGAGAGUAUUGUUCAAGACAUUGAAGCUAUGGUCCGAUCUUAUGUUGAAAAGCCCAAUUCCAUCAUUCUAGCAAUAUCUCCAGCCAAUCAAGACAUAGCAACUUCUGAUGCUAUUAAACUUGCCAGGGAAGUUGAUCCAACAGGUGAAAGGACAUUUGGAGUGUUGACAAAGUUAGAUUUGAUGGACAAAGGAACUAAUGCUUUAGAUGUCCUGGAGGGAAGGUCUUACCGUCUGCAACAUCCCUGGGUUGGCAUAGUAAAUCGGUCUCAGGCGGAGAUCAAUAAAAAUGUUGAUAUGGUUGUUGCUAGACACAAGGAGCGUGAAUAUUUUGCAACCAGUCCUGAUUAUGGGCACUUGGCCAAUAAAAUGGGUUCCGAGUACCUUGCAAAGCUUCUCUCAAAGCACUUGGAGUCGGUAAUUAGGGCAAGGAUACCUAGUAUAACAUCUUUAAUAAACAAAAGCAUUGAGGAACUUGAAUCAGAGAUGAAUCAUCUUGGGAGACCUAUUGCUCUUGAUGCUGGGGCUCAACUAUACACUAUCCUAGAACUUUGCCGUGCAUUUGAAAGGAUAUUCAAGGAACACUUAGAUGGAGGGCGGCCAGGAGGUGACAGGAUAUAUAAUGUCUUUGACAAUCAGCUUCCCUCUGCCUUACGAAAGCUUCCAUUUGAUCGUCAUCUUUCUCUCCAGAAUGUAAGGAAAGUGGUGUCAGAGGCGGAUGGUUAUCAGCCUCACUUGAUUGCCCCAGAGCAUGGUUACAGGCGCCUCAUUGAGGGGUCUCUUGGUUACUUUAAAGGCCCAGCUGAAGCUUCAGUAGAUGCUGUUAAUUUUGUCUUAAAAGAACUCGUGAGGAAAUCAAUAGCUGAAACUCAGGAACUGAAGCGAUUCCCAACUUUUCAAGCUGCACUAGCUGCAGCGGCAAAUGAGGCUUUAGAAAGGUUUCGUGAAGAAAGUAAGAAGACAACUCUCCGGCUUGUAGAUAUGGAAUCUUCAUAUCUCACUGUGGAUUUCUUCCGGAGAUUACCUCAGGAAACGGAGCAAGCUGGAAGCCCUGCUCCUCCCUCAAAUGUAGAUCGAUACGCAGAAGGUCAUUUCAGGAGAAUUGCAUCAAAUGUGUCGUCUUACAUAGGACUGGUGGCAGACACACUCAAGAACACAAUUCCAAAGGCUGUUGUUUAUUGUCAAGUCAGACAAGCAAAACAGUCUUUGCUUAACCAUUUCUACGCACAAAUAGGGAAGAAAGAGGGUAAACAACUAUCUCUAAUGUUGGACGAAGACCCUGCAUUGAUGGAGAGGAGACAACAGUGUGCAAAAAGGCUUGAACUAUAUAAAGCAGCAAGGGAUGAAAUUGAUUCUGUUUCCUGGGUACAAUGAGCCUAGCUGGAUGUCUUCCUCACCUUGGACUAACUGAUAGAAAUUAUGGGUUGGCUUGACCCAAUAUGUGAUUCUGUAGUGUAAUGUUGGAGUUAAGUUCUUUUUUUUAAUAUGUGUUGUGCACCCAAUACAGACCAAGAUCUUCACUGUGAUAUGUAAAAUAAAUUUGCAUAUUCUCCAUGUAUUCGAUUCUUUGUAGUGUUACAUUCUUGAAUCUUGGCUAUACCAUUUAUUGGUUCAAUCCUUUA